UGGGAGGGUUUCGGGGUGGGUUGGAUGUUUUCUGCCUCUCUCUGAUGACGGUGGCGUUUUUACAUCUUUUUAUCAUAUGUGUGUGUAUGUGAUGACAGGGGUCGCUAUCAGGACAGGAAACUCGACACCAGCCACCAGGCCGAAUGCUGGUAAAUUUUGGCAGGGGCUGGUGACGUUUGUAUACUAGUUCCCUUGCCCUCGCUCGCCAGGUUCACAUGAAGGGAAGAGCAGUAGAGAGACUUGAGCACAUUCCACUAUGUAGAGAGGAAGAGGCAGGUGAGACAGAGAGGAUUAUUUUUGGGAGUGGAGGUUCCUGCCUAUUAUUUAUGAAGGGAGAGUACAGCUCGAUGUGUGCCGAGUCACCCUGAAGCAGUGCCGACCGGCUUUGACUUUUUCGGUGCGGGGGCGCGCCGAGGCGAAGCCGACACCCCCCCCCCCUCCGCGUGCUCCGCCUAGAAAAGCAGCAAAAUGUCCUACAGCUUCUCUCUCCUUUGCCUUGCCUUCAUAGCUAUUUAUUGUUUCCGCUGAAAUGUACAUGUUAUGUAUAUAAAUAGUUUACAGAAAGAUCUCUAUGUAUAUCAAAAACAUGUAUUUAUUAGAUCUAAUAUACUGAAUAUAUAGAUGAAGAUAUAUAUAAAUAUAUAUUUAAUUAGUCAUAGCUUAUGUUCUUCUUGUGAGGUUUAUUGAGAGUUUCCUAUGUGUAGUUUGUUUGCACAACCUAGUCAAUCCAUAGCUUUUUAGAACCGUCUUUUGUGCCUCAAGGCUUUUGUCUCUUCGGAAAUUUGGCACAGUGCUCCUAGAAAUUGACCUGUUUUCUUUGUGGUUGAUUCUAAUUUUUAGCUGUUUUCAAAAAGCCAUCCUCCCCGUUCAUGGGAGAAUAAUAAGACAAAAAAAUUGAUAUAAUUUAUAAAAAAUCGUUGGCUAAAAAAGUAUAAAAGUGAAAGGGGCUGGCGACGCCAAGGGGGUUUGAGGUUUGGUUUCUCUGGCAGCGUGUGAACCCGUGUUGCUCGUUCGCCCAUCUCCGUGCCUAUAGGGAACUUCGAACAAGACGGCUGCUCCGCCCGGUGAGAUUUCAGCCCGUUGUUUUAGCAGGGAAAAUCCACGGGCACAAACAGGCAAGGGAGAGGAUCGCAGUGUUUGAAUGUAGAUGUCCUCGGCCCUGCAUCGUAGCAGCACAGCGCCAAAGAAACCUUUUUUUGCUCCUGCGUCACAGUCACAUGCAAAUCUUUGUUCAAGCAUGAAGAUGGUACACCAAAAACAAAAAAAGAAAAAAAAUUCUCAGAAAAAAUAGAUAGAUCGUUUAGUCUUUAAGUGUGGGAAUGCUGCUUUUCUGUGUCAAAUUCAACCGUUGUUCAAAUGGAGAGGGACUAGGUAGCCACGCUAGAAGGGGGACUAAUGGGAAAUGUACCGAAAAUGAGGUGCGAGUGGGCAGGUGUGUUGUGCACCGGAAUACCAUCUGUUGACGUGCGCGUAAAUGUGAGAGUGUGUGUUUGUGAGUGUGUGUGUGUGUGUGUGUUUCUUUCGUCACUGUCUUCAGAGAGAAAUUUUUGGGGUGAUAUUGGGUGGGUGGUUUAAAAAAAAAAAAAUUUGUAUGGAUAUGCUUUUGUUCUUGUUUUAUGAUCCUUUGUUUACUAGUAAAAGGUGCAAAAAAGUCCACUUUACAAAGACCUUAUGUAUUAACCUGAGCAUUAACGUCUGUCUGUGGGAGUUCACAGUUUCUUCUUUCCAUCCACAGCCUGUCCUCUGUGUCUUCCAUCAAUCCACGUGUGUGUGUUUGUGUGUAUGUGCAUGUGCAUUUUCCUGCAUACGUGCAUGUAUUUGCACAUGCCCAUGUGUGUGUGUGUGUAUGUGUGUGAGUGUGACUCCCUCCUCCACAUGCUGUGUUGGCAACCAUGGUGCAAGGGGGGUGCAGGCUCAGCCGAGAGUGUGUGUGUGUCAGUGAUCACAUGCAACUAUUGCUCUGCCCCCCACCCCCUUCCUCUUUGUAUUUACCCCCCCCUGUACAAAGACCCUGGUGCUUUCAGCAUCUGCCUUAAAAGCAGGUGUGGAAUCUCUCAAAAGAUCAAGGCUGCAGUCAGUCCAGUUGUUUAAGCUACAGAUUUCGGCAUCAGGGGAAUCUCCUCAUGUUCAUGUGUAUAUUUGGUUUUCACAUUUGUUCCUUUGUGUAAAGCGGCGAAUGCCUUAAACAGACACAAAUGUAAACGUUAGCAGACGUGUAUAAUAUGUGUGAGUGUGUAUGACGUAUCAACAUGUAUCACAAAGGUCAUUCCUGUACGUUGUGACGGUCUCAGGCGUGGUGCUCUCAUGCAUUACACAGCACACACACACACACACACACACUCACACUCACACUCCUAAACUCCACACACAUACACUCUCUCCCGCACAGAGCAGUGGGACCGGACGACGCGGUAACAUGAGUUAUUCGAGCGAGAUGUACAGCAGCAGCUCCUAUCGGAAGAUUUUCGGAGAUGCCCCCCGGCCCGGCCGCGUGGCUGUGGGCAGCAUCAGCAGCCCGUCCCGCCUGCUCUCCGCGGGAUACCGCAGCAGCCACCGCACUUAUGGCGCCCCGACCGUGAUGUCCACCUCCGGCUACCGCAGGUCAGCGGGAGCCGGCCGCGUCUUCUCCUCCGUGCCGGAGUCCAUGAUGGACCUGACCCAGUCCACCGCGGUCACCAACGAGCUGAAGAUCAUCCGCACCAACGAGAAGGAGCAGCUGCAGGGCCUCAACGACCGCUUCGUGUCCUUCAUCGAGAAGGUCCACAACCUGGAGCAGCAGAAUAAAGUCCUGGAAGCGGAGGUCACGCUACUGCGGCAGCGCAGCAGCGAGCCCUCGCGCCUGCACGAGCUGUACGAGCAGGAGAUCCGCGAGCUGCGGGCGCGCGUGGAGGAGCUGACGCACGAGAAAAGUCAGAUGCACCUGGACUGCGUGCAGAUGAGCGAGACGCUGGACCGCGUGAGGGAGAAGCUGGAGGAGGAGACGAAGCUGCGCGAGGAGGCGGAGAACACCCUGAGGAACUACCGGAAGGAUGUGGACGACGCGACCCUGGCGCGCCUGGAACUGGAGAAGAAAGUGGAGUCUCUGCUGGAUGAGAUCGCCUUCCUCCGCAAAGUCCAUGAGGAGGAGCUGCAGGAGCUCCAGGCGUCGCUGCAGGCCACACAGGUGUCAGUGGAGAUGGACAUGAGCAAACCAGAUCUGGCCGCUGCCUUGAAAGACAUCCGAGCCCAGUAUGAGACGCUGUCUGCCAGGAACCAGGUUCAAGCCGAGGAGUGGUACCGCUCCAAAUUUGCCAACGUAACUGAGGCUGCAGCCCGCAACCAGGAUGCCAUCAAGCAAUCAAAGGAGGAGCUGAGUGAGUACCGCAGGCAGGUGCAAGCCCGCACCCUGGAGAUUGAGGCCCUCCGGGGCCACAAUGAGGCCCUGGAGAGGCAGAUCGCUGAGAUGGAGGAACGCCACAGCAACGAAAUUGGAGACAUGCAGGAGACCAUCCAGCAGCUGGAGGCCGCCCUGCGCAGCACCAAGGGAGAAAUGUCCCGCCACCUGCGUGAGUACCAGGACCUGCUGAACGUCAAGAUGGCACUGGACAUCGAGAUCGCUGCCUACAGGAAGCUGCUGGAAGGUGAGGAGUGCCGCCUCAGCUCAGUGGGCGGGGCUAUGCUCCAGUCCAGCUACCCCGGCUUCUCCUAUUCGUCAGCCCGCACCUACACCCUUGGAGCCUACAGGAAGUCCGAAGCCAAGCCAGAGGAGGAAGAAGGAGAGGAAGAGGAGGAGAAGGAGGAAGAGGAGGAGGGAGAGGAGGGCGAGGAGGGAGAAGAGGGAGACGAGGGUGAGGAGGGAGAUGAGGCUGAGGAGGGCGAGGGUGAGGGAGAGGAAGAGGAGGAAGAGGAGGAAGAGGAAGAGGAAGAGAAGGAGAAGGAGAAGCCGAAGGAGGAGAAGCAGGAGAAGGAGGACAAAGAUAAGAAGAAAGGCGGUGCCAAUGGCAAGAACAGCAAGAGCUAAACUGCUUGUGCCAUUCCCAUCACCAUCAUUAACUUCAUCAUCAUCAUCAUCAUCGACAUCAUCAAUGCCCUCCUCACUUUACCAGUCCACCCACACACUCAUAUGGAUCCAGUCCCUUUUCACAUCACAACAGUUUCAUCUGACACACACAAACACAAACACACACUUCUGCACACUCCAGAUGCCUCAUACCUUCUCUGUUUUUCUGUGUCUCUCUUUGCUCUGCAGUUCACAUGUGAUUAGUGUUCAAACUCAACUUUAUUAGAUGGAGAAAAGGCUUUGACCAAACUUACGUAGCUGGAGAUGGAGAGGAAAGAGGCAACACUGAUAUGUUAUAGAUGUAUCACCAUGGCAGAAGAGCUUCAUCCACUCAUAUGUCCUGGAUAGGGUGUUAAAGAGUCGGUCUCAUGAUUGUGUAUCAUAGAAACAUAGAGUGAAGGAUGGAAAAAGCUAACAUGAUGUCAGGAAGUUUGAUAAGUUUGAAACGGGGGGUGAUUUUGCCCAAUACAAGCUACAGCUUAUGUGCCAUUAACAGUCAUUAUGGGGGUUUAGGUGCAAUCAAAGCCCUGAAAGUAACAGUUCUGGUAGCACACAGACUUUUAGAUCAACUAACACACCGGUCUGAAGGCUAGGAGACAACCAGUCCAACUUUUUGGUGCUAUUUGAUUUCUACAUAAAAAAGUUGGAGAGCACUGCAAUCACUGAAGAUGAUCAACCAGCCAAUUUGUGAAUGUUAGGCUUGGCAUGGAGGGGGAAUCCACAGGAGAAGCCUGCCUCCUUCUCAUGAGUGCUUGUUUCUAAACCGCAAGUCCAGCCACUCAUUUCUCACAGCGGGUGAAUGCUUUUCACGCCUCUCUUUUGUUCACUCGAGGUAGAAUGCUCCUUCCAUCAGCCUCACCUAGUUUAGCUUCUUUUCCCACCACGACAAAAGGAAAUGUAAGCAUUUAGCGUGUAUCAUCCACCCCCCCCCCAGCCCCUUCCUGUUUUUGUCACUGCAGCGUCAUAGCACGGCAAGAAUGGCAACUGUGUGUACCAAAUCAAAAUGUGUUGGGAGGGAGGGUAGCAUUUUCAGUCACUAGAAAAGAGGAGUGGGUUGUGCUGCAGCUCCUCUUUGGAGAAAUGUAUGUUUGGGAAUGAAAAAUGUAGAGUUGAAAUUGCUGCUAUGUAUCACAUAUAUUAUUAUUUUUUGAAGUAUGAAUAACCCACCCUCCCCUUUGAUUGAUUCAUUUGUCUAUGACUACUUGCGAGAGUUUCAAAGCCUGCUUUAUAGCCCUUCCUUUCCCCCCCAGCCUUGAUUUACUUUUCCUUUGCAGGCAAACAUCUAGUGUUGCUGUUUUUAUUUAAGCUGGAGAUAGCAAAGAAGGUGAAGCUGAGGGUGGUUGUGAGCGUUUAGGCAGCUGAUGGUGACAUCAACGGUUCUCCACUCAGGCUGCAAGUGGCAGGCGGGGCAGAUGUCACUGAGGUCAUGAUUACAUGGUAUGGCGCCGCAUGUAAGGGCUAUUAUCUCCAUAACCCCUUCCAUAACCUAGCCCUGAACUCGUACCAAGAGCUACUGCCAUGCAUGUUGACGGGAGACACAAACUGUAGGUCUCAGACAGAGGAAUCAGACAGCGGGCUCUAGGUCAGGUUAAAAAUGAAAUCUGAGGAGGGAGGGGUAGGCGUCACAUGAGAGCAGGGCAAGAUGGAAUGAGAUGAGAAGCUUGGAGAAAUGUACAAAACUGAACUGUGAAAAUGGGGCAUUUUCCCCAAGAAUAUGGCCAAUAAAUUCCAGGGUCCUAUGGUAAAAUUGCCUGUUUUUCUCAAUUUAUUUUUUGUAAACUGUCAGAGGAACGCCAGAAAUAAAAAGAAAAGCAUAGAUUGCAACAUGAAACAAAGAUGUCAGAAUCUUAGCGCACAUAAUGUAAGGGGGGUUAUUUUUUUUUAAAUAUAUAUAUAUAUAUCUUUCUUCAUUUAAUCCCCCCUUUGUGUUUUACUCAUGUAUUUAUUUAUAUGUUGACAAAUGAAUUAAUCAAUGGGCAUGAAUGCAUGGCCUGAGUCUUGAAUAUCUGGGGAUGGGAUUUAUUUUUUUUGCUUGUUGAGUGUUAGAAAUAAAAAAAUUUAAAAUUUUUGCCUUAAUUAUGUCUGAAAGUAAAAAACAUGUUUUCACCUGCGUUUCACUUCUGGGGUGGUUGAGGAGUGCUGACACUUUACAGACCGUACUGCUAUACAACUGUGACUGUACGUGCUGCUAUCUCAUGCAGUGAUAUUUCUCUCAAAGCCAAAUAAAGACAUUUAUUAACCAAA